AUGGAUGCAUGGGAAGGACUAAUAGUGGAUGAAGACGUCCUUGAAUCAUUUCUCAAGAAAUGUGAUGCCACAACAUCCUUGAUUCUUGGUCCUGCUGGGAAUGUUCAAGCAGCAUUCAUGAAUAGGAUAAGUGAUGAUCAACGUACCACCCAACAAUUUGCUGAAGAAGUUGCUCAAGCAACGUAUGACAGAGAUUUCAACUCCAAUGCCUGGAAGUGGGUAGAGAUGUUCGUCCAACACCAUGUGCUCGUGCCGGAUGGAGAUAUGAAAAACCUGAAUCAGCUAGAUUCAGCAAAAUCAGUGGCAAGACUGCCACUUGUUGCUUGUCUGGUCAAAGAGUGUAAGCCCAAUGGUCUAGGAGAUAUGCAACUCACUAUUAAGGAUCCUAGUGCUACCAUGAAGGCCUCAUUACUUAGGAAAGUUCUUCAAGAUCCACAAUUUGGGCCACAUAUCGGAGUUGGCUUUGCUAUAUUCGGUGCAUUUGGUAGAACACAUUACCUAAACAUUGUCCUUUGCAAUGUAGUUAAGGUCUUUGCCUCUGACGUAUGCCCCCCUACAAAGCAACUGUUGGAGGAAACAUCCAAACCUGUCAUUCGUCAACCUAUGACGGAAGAAGAGACGAUGUCUGAAAUCAUGUGA